ACAUGGGCUCCAUCGUUCACACGCUCGGAAAGCGGCUGCGUUUGCUGAGCGACACUUGGCCUUUCGCUGCUUACUUAGAUAUUCGAGUGCAGGCGCUGCAACUUGGCUCUUCCUCACAUUCUUCCUCUUGUGUUAUCCCUAGAGCACUCAACCCACCAUGGCGAAUGUUCUGCAAGGCGGGGACGGCAUGAUGGGAGGGGCCGGAGGCUUUCCGCUCGAGCAGUGGUUUUACGAAAUGCCCGUGUGCACGCGCUGGUGGAUGACGGCUGCGCUGAGUGCCAGUGUGCUGGUGCAAUGCCAUAUCAUCUCACCCUUCCAGCUCUUCUACAGCGUGCGCACCGUCUUCUUCAAGAGCCAGUACUGGAGACUGCUCACCACCUUCUUCUACUUCGGCCCACUCAGCCUCGACCUCCUCUACCACAUCUUCUUCCUCCAACGAUACGCGCGCCUGCUCGAGGAAUCGUCCGGCCGCUCUACGGCACACUUCGCAUGGCUCCUCACAUUCGCUUCGACGCUGCUCCUCUGCAUCGCGCCCAUGUUCUCUAUGGCAUUCCUCGGCUCGGCCCUAUCCAGCACGCUCAUCUACAUCUGGAGCAGGAAGAACCCGGACACCGUGCUCAGUUUCCUCGGGCUGCUGGUCUUCAAGGCGCCAUACCUGCCCUGGGUGCUCCUGGCCUUUUCCCUCAUCAUGCACGGGACGGUGCCCAAGGAUGAGAUGUGCGGCAUCGUUGUCGGCCAUAUCUGGUACUAUUUCAACGACAUCUACCCGCCGCUGCACAACAACCACAGCCCUCUCGACCCACCCUCGUGGUGGCUUCGCAUGAUCGAGGGCCCGCCCGCUCCGGUAGAAGAGAUCGCUGAAGAUGAGGCGCCGAUGGACGCGGACGUAGGCGGCGGGAUAAACCCGGCGGAAGCGGAGCGGUAGACACUAUUACGAACACGUGCAUUUACAAUUGGCGUUUGGCGAAGACUCACAGAUUUGAGAUACCCUAGCUGUCUUCGAAGCAUUGUUAGCCUGUAUUGCUUUUGGUCUC